UUGGAAAAUUCAAAAGCGACAUUAUAUGAAUCAAAACCUAAAGGAAUACCCGUAAUUGACGAGUUAUUCGAACAAGUUUCUGACGAAGCUGAGGAUUUGAAGGCUUUAACCGAUAUAGUUUCCGAAUCGUUAAUACCCAUUGUAGAAAGGUUGAAACAAAUCAAGGGACAAUUAGGACGUUUAGCAUUGACUCAUAAAUGGACAUUGAAAGAAACGGACUUGCGUGCCUAUCAUUUACAAUUAGAAGAAAUUGAGAAUUUGAAACAGGAUGGCAUAUUUAAAGAUCCUGCCUCUGACACAAUUCCCGAAGGCCAAGCACUCAUCAAUUUUUUACUACGCAGUUGUCACCGUAUCAUGGACAGAAUGUCAAGUGAGAGCGUUCCCGUUUCUGAAGCUCUUAUGCCCGUCUAUAACCAGUUGAGCACUGUCAAACGAUGUCUUUUAGAAGUGUCUAAAUGGGGGAAGCCCGAUUCAAGUAAGACAGAAACAUACUUUUUAUGGAUUGUUCCUUAA